CACACACGUAUUAUUAUGGAGAAAGCUAGCACUAAAUCUUCUUUGAAGUUUGUGAAGAACACUUCACAGUCUACUGCAGCUCAAUGGAGCAUUACUAAUAAUAAUGCUAGAGGAAUGGCAAGAGAUGAAGUCAAAGAUAGGUUCCAUGAGAAGAAUAACAAGAGCUCAUCAUCACAGUCAAGGAAGUCAUCUCCUCCAAAAGAAAAUACAAAACCACAAGAAUUCAAACUCCACACCCAAGAAAGAGCUGUCAAGCGCGCAAUGUUCAACUAUGCAGUCACUACAAAAUUUUAUCUCAUGGAGAUACAAAAGAGACAAGCAGAGAAGUUGCAGAAAAUGAUUGAAGAAGAAGAGAUUCGGAUGCUAAGGAAGGAAAUGGUUCCAAGAGCUCAAUUGAUGCCUUAUUUUGAUAAGCCUUUUUCCCCACAAAGCAGGUCAAAUAAUAAGACAGUGGGAAGUAGAGAAUCAUAUUCAUGCCUGCACAUGAUGAGUAGCAAGUGCUUGAGGUGCUGCAGUUUGGGUAACGAAUUCCACAACUUGCACCACUCUCUAAAGCCCGUCAACUAACACCUUCAAUUGCCCUUAUUGCAUGCAUACAUUUCAUGCAUCAAUGUUGUACACUAUAGAAACCAACCUUCAGAUUUUUGUACUAUACCAUGCAUGCCACCAUAACCUAGUUGUUCCACUUAAUUAGGCCCCGCAAUGUUUUUUAUUUUCUUUCUUUUUUUUUUUAUUUUGACAAAUAAAGACGAAUCAUGUUUUGAUUGCGUCAUUUAAUUUGAUGAUAUUGGUUCUUCAGAUUAAUUACCAUGCCUUGUAUUGUACCAAUUGGAAAACAAGUG